AUGUAUUUGAAAUUCACUCACGAGCUUCUUUUUUAAUCUAUUUUACAGCUCAGGGGUGAUGUAGUCCCGACGACUGUUGAAAACUUCCGUGCUCUGUGCACCGGAGAGAAGGGCUUUGGUUUCAAGGGCUCCUCCUUCCACAGGGUUAUCCCUGGCUUCAUGUGCCAAGGUGGAGACUUUACCAGGGGCAACGGUACUGGUGGAAAGAGCAUCUAUGGAGAGAAGUUUGCUGAUGAGAACUUCCAACUCAAGCACACUGGCUCAGGAAUCUUGUCAAUGGCCAAUGCUGGCCCAAACACCAAUGGUUCCCAGUUUUUUAUCUGCACAGCAAAGACAACAUGGCUCGAUGGAAAACAUGUGGUCUUUGGCAGUGUGGUUGAAGGUCUUGAUGUCGUGAAGGCAAUCGAGGGAUAUGGUAGCGAUAGUGGCAAGACCAGUAAGAAGAUCACUAUUACAGACUGUGGUCAGAUGUAAAUCAUCAGGUUUCAAUCAUCAGACAAUCCUGUUAAGUUGUGUUAUUAUUAUAAGAGGUGUAGAAGCAUGUGGUGUUAAAUAUAAUAAUUUUGUACAAGAUAAAUCUUUACUUUUCUCCUUUUUAAUGUGUAGAUGUGUUGAGUCACUUGUGGAACAUGCUGUAUAAACUUUCAAAAUUCACUUUUAUCAUCAGGUUUAUAUAGAAGUACUUGUACAUGGUAACAGCCGCUAGACGUAAAUGAUCUUAUGAUUGUGGAUUAUUCAUCAAUAUUCUUUUUAGGCUAUGCUUAGACUGAUGGACAUCAUGGACAAUAAUAUGUCGCGAUCAUCCUAUAUUGUAUGCACUGUACAUUAAUACAUGUUCAAUAUACACAAAUAGUGUUUAUGAGUGCAAUGGACGGACUACUUCAACUUCAUGAGGUGAAAGAGGAUCCGUUCAACAAGGCAUAGCCAUGUUGAAUGAACCAUUUCACCUUUCACUGAAUGAAGUAAUCUGUCCAUAGCUCAAGUGAAAAAAAAAAGUUUUAUAUGGCACCUAAAAAUAGAUCCUUAUUUGCCAUUUAGUAAGAUUAAAUUCACGUGAUGGUUAAAAAAAAAACGUUUCUCCAUUACAGACCUAUAUCAUCUGCUCUGUAACAUCAAGUGAGAUUUUUUUAAUAGGCUUUGAUACAGUGUUUUCUCAUGUUUAAUAUAUUCAUGUGUUACAAUUAGAAUACUUUGAAAUUCAAUGUAGCAUUGGAGAAGGGGGCGGGGGUCUUGUCUUCUGUGAAGCCAAGUGUAUGUCCCAAUAAUUACAUACAUGUAUUUGUCAAUGGGGCUUUUAUUCAUCCACGAUAAUCGGUGUGAAACAUUUUCUUGUCACUUAUUCCUAAACAGUUCAUGUUUAUUCUUGAGAUUCUAAUUUGUAUAAUUUGGAUUAGAAAUUUAUCUGACCGCCCAGCAAGUCAGUUUGGUUCAACCAAAAUUACAGUAUGAAAUUGAUCAUGGAAUAUUCACAGUAACAUGUAGCUGUGUUCCCUUGUAAUGUUUUAAACACGAUAUUUGUAUUUUUUGUAUUAGUGUGCACAAUGUCUUUGUCGACUAGAAGAAAAUCAGUAUUUUCUUUAUCUCCCAGGUAGUAAACAAUAAACCAUACUCUGUCUGGAAAAUCA